ACUCUAAACUCGUUUCCCACGAUGCCUUGAGAGCGACAGGUGGCCGCAGUUGUUUAUGAAGUGUUCGAUCCUCGUCAAUAACUCACACGUGGCUGUUGGUGGAUUUAUAAACAGGACGCUUACGACAACCACUGUGUUCAGAUGGUUGAAAUUCAUUCGUUUUUAUUUCCCUGGGUAUAGUGCAUUGCCCGUACUUCGUUUUUGAAUCACCCGACACGUAAACAAAGACUCAAUACAACGCCGAUAACAGCAGCGGGCGUUACUAGAGAAGUACACAAGAGCAGUAACAGAAGCAACUAACGUUGUAUGGGAAACGCGAGCAAAACUAUGUGAGUUAAGACAUACUUUUUAUACAGUCUGGCAGCUACACAAACGGCGCAACGGAAGAAUAAGAUUGAGAACGAGAAAAAGAGGAACAAUAGAAACAAAAUAAAGAACAAUAUAUAGAACAAGAGCAGGAACCAGACAAGCGAGGCAGAGACUGGCUGGCUUAAUUAACCUCAGAAUGUCUGCCAAUUUGAAGCAGUUGUGCAAAACUCUUCAGAAACCGAAAGUUCAAAAAUGGAUGACGUACAUUGGCCUGUUCUUGAUAAACUUACCAGGAGGUGUUGCUAUAUACUACGGCAAUCUCCUGACUUACACAGCGUCCUACCUACGACUCCGGGUCUCAGAGGACGUCACUCAUUACAUCCCCGUGAUGAUAACUGUCUGGGCGUUGCUCUUUUCUGUAGCCCUGAUAUUCUCCAAGAAAGUGAGCAGCAGAUGCGGUACACCACUGACGAUGCUGUUGGGUAUAGUCACUUAUGAUUUCAGCACUCUGCUUGGUCUAUGGACGGUCCAGCAUUCAGUUCUGGCACAGACGUUCACACAGGGAGUCAUGUCUGGAACGGGAUUAGUAUGGUGCAUUCGCAACAUCUGGCUCAGCGAAAAGUGCCAGAUUAUCAGUCCUGACAACCAAACUAUGGCCUCGUUUGCUGACGUCAAGCAAAUCUACAAAGAAGAGAAAAACUGCAUUCUGAAGACUACCCCUCUCACCCAAGCUGCUGUCAACCCUUCCAGACUUCAGUUGCAGAAUGUGCAGCAUGCUUGCACGUCUCCACCAUCUACAGUCUACAUGUCCUACAAGCCUCCGGUCCAGACGGCCACGUCGCAGGCCAGUUCUGACCCCUCACCACCGCCGUGA